AUGGCACGCAUGUGGGAUGAGGUCGUAGUCGCUGGAACUCGCUACACACGAGACGAGAGAAAGCAAAUCGAGAGAGACGAGGCCAUGUGGGCGCGAAGGUCGCGAGAGCGCGCAAUCGUCCCAGUGAAUCGCAACCGAUCACCACCACCAUCUUCAAUAUAUGGGCUUAGACGUCGACCAAGCCUGCAAAAUAUCCUCAGAGCCUCAUCUGACGAGGACUAUCAGACACUUUGGACUCGUUCUGAUGGUGAUUGGCAUUUAGACACCCCUCCACUAGAGAGCAGCCCACCGAAAGUAUUCCUCGAUAUGGAGAACAUGCGACCGGCCCCAGCUCUACGGAUCAAAGGCGCGAAAGCAACCCGGUUCGCGUGGAUAAAGGCUUGGGCAGCUGUAUUCCAUAAUGGUAAAACCGAUGCCCAGGAAAAUAAAAUUGAUCCUUUCGGUGCUGAGAUAGAGCGGGGUGAGAUGAAGCCAAGGCCAAUGGAUAAAUUGAAGUCCCACAAAGUAGAAGCUCGAUCGACAACGCGAAAUCUUGUCGCAGGUUCAGUGCGUAGGCGAUCAUUUAGACGAGACAAGGGAACGGACCUCCAGCCGAGGUGGUUGAUUAAAGAUUAUGUCGAGGAAAAGAGAGCGGAGAUCCAGGAGAAAGGCAACCAAGAAAAUCAUCGACUGGAUAGCCAACUUAUGAUAGAAUGGUAUGAUGAAGAAGAUCAGGAGAUCCCCGAACUUAGUGGAAACCAGGAAAACAUUGCUAGAAUUGUUUUAGAAACAUGGGUUCGCUCACGAUACGGGUCGGAUCAACAGAGAGCUGCGUUCUAUGCCCAUAAAUGGCAAGAUGUCGUUCGUAAAAGACAGCUGGACCGCGAGAGUCAGUCUAGAUCGCGGAAUUCAUCAUUAAGGAGGCCUGUCAGCACUCGCACCAAGUCAGAAUCUCGAAUUCGACGUGGAAGUUCUGAUUAUAUGGCCUCUAGCAGAAGUUUAGAUAGCCAAGUCCGACAUCCACGAACAGCGAGUCGUUCUUCAAAGCAAUCAUUCUCCAGUCUUAGGGUGGGUUCUCGAAAAUCAAAUCGCCGCCACACUAUAGACCUGAAGCAGAACAACGGGAAUUCUGGCGCCUACCAUUCUCCGCCGGGACAACAGCCAAUGGAUCGUGCACGGAGUCGUUCAAGCUCUUUCGUUAGAGCGCGUCAGGUCAAAAAGCACAUCGAGUAUGGUGAUACUCCGGUAGUACAGGAUAGUGGAACCGAUGAACAAGCAACCAUGGGUACAGGAAGCAAAAGUCCAGGGUCUGAAAGCCAGAGCGAAAAGCGGGAGCAUUCUCGAGUAGGAUUCGGCGUUGCAACACGCGUUAUCGACCUCCCAUCUAGCAGCGAAGAGAUUGCUAGUGAAGAGACGCGUAAUGAAGAUGAGAGUCCUUUGCAGAGUCCUUUGCCGGCGGAAAAGGCUAGUUCUGCUUCGGUAAAGGACUCACUGAGUCCAGAUCCACAGAGUUCCAAUCCUCCGCCAAAGGGUAUUCUUAAAUUGCCAAGAGAACAUUUCCCCGAAGAGCCGAAUCCCAUUCGGGAAGGAGUUGCCCCGUUAAAAGAUGCAAACCUCAAAGGAAUUCCGCCUGGAGCUCGAUGGACCAAAAUUGACCGCAGACUGGUCAGUCCAGAGGCUUUAGAUAUGGGACAUGAACGGUAUGAGGAGAGACCUGAUUUCGUUGUCGUACUUCGAGUUCUCACGAAGGAAGAGAUACAAGCAUAUGCUGCUAAAACAAUGGAGAUCCGCGAAUCUCGAGAAACGGAACGUAGCCGUAAUUCAAGGACGCCCAGAAGAACGACCGAUUCUGACGAGACACGAGGUCGUCGCCGUAGACGAGAAGAUAGCCCCUCUCUAGGAAGGAUUGAUAUCUCCCCAACGCAGAAUGAUCGAAGAAACUCUGUCAGAGAGAGAACACCAUUGAAAUUUGAAUCAUCUAGUAAUCCCCAUGCCGAAUUUCACGACAAACAACCUUCUGUGGACUCAUAUAACACCUCAUCGAAUCAAUAUAAUAACUGGAGGAAGGGUAACAACGUCACGUCUUCCUAUGGGGAUUCUGAAAAUGGAUCAAUGAAAUCCUCGAGAAGUAGCUAUUCCUUCCGCUUUGACGAAGGAAGUUCCGACUCCUCAUUCACUGAAUCAGACGUAGAGGAAAUCGAAAGGUCGUACAGCAGUAAACCGCAUACUGAAGAAAUUCUCAGCUUAUCAGAUCGUGAAGAGGCAUGGGAUGAUCGAGAAGACGAGACACCGAAGGAAGAAGGCGAGAUGAGUUGGUUUUGGGCAUGUCAGAUCGAUGUGAUCCCUGGAUAUUUUGCGACUCCCUGGACGACCAAAUUCUCCACAAAUGUCUGCCUUGGAGCUAUUGCAGUAAUCAUUGACUCACUAGGUAUACUAACAAAUUUUUCGCAACCGGUCUAUCUCGACUCUGAGUGCCAUCCACGCGGCCUAGCAUGGAUGCACCUCGGUCGGUCGACCUUCCCACCGUAUGGUAUCAGCGCCAACCACCACCAUGGCACAGUGAUUUCCGGUGCAUACAGCACUUGUUCCUUCCCGAGAUUUCGUGCUCCUCUAUUCAAGAUAGAGCUCCUGCGCGACUACGGCUUCCAAGUUGACCGUCGCCUGUCUUCAGAUGCGGCGGACCUCCGCUCUCGUCUCACGGAACUUAUGGCCCUUGAUGCAUGGCUCUCGUACUGCGGCCGCCAGCCAGAGAUCUGCGGUCAUGCCCAAGGCUAUGAUUCUAAUGUCAAGGUUGCUGGCGCCGGCGAUUUGCUCUACACAAUGCCGACACUGGUGGAGCGGACCAUGAAUAACUUCACCUUUGAGUUUACAAAUCUGAAACAGACUGCAAUGGACGGCGGACAGCAGCCCAUACGACAGAUAGCUGAAAACCUCCUAGACACGCUUGGGUGGAAAGUUGAAGGCCUGGCACCAGCAGAAAAGUUAUUUGCGCUAGUAGCGAUGUUGCGAGCAUCGAAAAUGGCCCUGUGUAUCGCUCAGGGAACUGACACGUCCGCUCUGAGAGAUAUUUUGCUAAACGAUGUGCAGGUACAUCUUGUUUAA